UGUUCGGCGUUGGCUGCACGGAGAGCGCAGGCGGUCGCGGCCGAGGGACCGACGCUGAUGGGGGGCAAGAAGAAGAGGCGAACCGAGGCGGCGGCGGUGGCAGCAGCCGCAGCAGCUCGGCUCCAGCGGGCGGAGACAGCUCCGCCGGUGACUAAUGGGAAAACUCAGAACCCUCGGCCAACUGUCGCCAAACCGGCCACCAAGGAGAAUAAAGUUAAAGCAGGUCCAAAAACAUAUAGCUUUGGUGCAACCUCCUCAAGUGAACUUAGUGCUGCAGGAACUUUGGACAGAUCCAUUCUUAAGGUGGUCAUUAAACCUGAUUUGGAAAAAAAAGUUAUAGGAUUGAUCAACCAAUUCAGAGCACAGCAUAGCAAAUCAGGAACCAUAUCUGGAAGGCUCACAGCUAAAAAGCUACAGGAUUUAUAUACAGCUUUGCAAGAAUUUUCUUUUCGGACGCAAGACAUUGAAGAAGCCAUGAAAAAUACUGUUGUUUAUGGUGGAGACCUUCAUUCUGCUUUGGAUUGGUUAUGCUUAAAUCUUCCUGAUGAUUCAUUACCUGAUGGAUUCAGUCAGAAACUGCAGGAGGAAGAGACUAAGAGCAAGCCCAAAUUUCAAAUGCCUGUAAAAUGUGCAACAACCCAUGAAGUAUCUGAGAGAAAAAAGUGUGAUGACAAUCUUCGGGCAAAGACAGCCGAAAGUCAAAGCUCUCAAGUUAGCAUGAAGGAUUGGAUUUUACGAUAUGCUGAAGAAGCAAGUAGUGGGAGUGAUGAUGAUGAAAUCGAUCAGGAUAACAAAGUACCUGAAAAAAAUUCUGAAAUGGAAGAACACUUCGAUCCAAAUGCUCUUUACUUGGAACUGACAGCAAAACUACUUGACACCAAAGAGCGGGCACUGUCAUUUAAACAUAAUAACAACAAACAUGCUCAAAGAGAAGCAGGUGACAGAAUUAAGAUUCUCCAGCAGGAGAUUAAACAGUUGGAGAAACAUCCUGCUUUUGAUCCUUCAAUAAAGAUGGCAGACUUAAAAAAGAAUGUCAAAAGCUCUACCCAACUUGCUGAUGAAGCACGUGAUGGUGCCCUUAAUUUAAAAUUGCUGGAAGAAUCUGCACCGAAAGUAAAAGAGGAAAUAAAACAUGAGCCAAAGGAUGUGCGGAACUUUGACUACACUUCACGAAGUUGGACGGGCAAAUCUCCCAAGCAGUUUCUGAUUGACUGGUGCCGGAAAAACAUCCCCACUGGUCCUGCUCCUAGCUAUCGCAAAAUCCCUGUGGGUAGAUUCUGGAAGUGUAGCAUACGAGUAAACCGACAGAAAGAUGGAAUACUUGAAGUGUGCCCCACAAUUCUCACAGAAGAUGGCAUGCAAGCCCAACAUUUGGCAUCUACAUUGGCUCUUUGGCACUUAGUAAGAGGACAGGCUGUACAUCAGUUGCUUCCGCCUACAUAUCGGGAUGUAUGGAUUGAAUGGAGUGAAGCUGAAAAGAAGAAAACUGAGAAAAGACGGAUGGAAAAGAAUAAACCACGUGAACAAUUUAUCAGCAGACUAUUAAACACACUGAAACAGCAGCCAUCUACUUGUGUUUCUGUGGCAGCAGAAGAUCCAGAAGACUCCUGGGAGAAUUUGAUAACUGAAGAUGACUUCCAAAGCUUAUCUUUUGAUAAAGAGGAGACAGAUAAUUUAGAUUCAGCAAAGAUUAUUUUUAAAAAUUUGCAGAGUUCCAGCAAGUUUCAAAAACAUUUAAAAGGUAGACAGCUCUUACCUGUAUUUCAACACAAAAUGCAAAUUCUUGAAACCCUGCGAAAACAUCGAGUGGUGGUUGUGGCAGGUGAAACUGGCAGUGGGAAAAGCACUCAAAUACCUCAGUUCCUGUUGGAAGAUUUACUAUCAAGUACAAAUACUAAAUGCAAUAUUAUUUGUACUCAGCCUCGAAGGAUUUCAGCAGUGAGUUUGGCAACAAGGGUUUGCGAGGAGCUUGGUUGUGAAGAAGGCCCCGGAGGAAAAAACUCUCUUUGUGGUUAUCAAAUCAGACUGGAAACAAAAGUUGGAGAAUCAUCUAGACUUCUAUACUGCACUACAGGUGUUCUGCUGCGGAAACUACAACAAGGUGGACUUCUUACCAGUGUGACCCACAUAAUUGUGGAUGAGGUUCACGAGAGAAGUGUUCAAUCUGAUUUUCUGUUGAUCAUUUUGAAGGAGAUAAUGCAAAAACACUCAAAUCUGAACCUGGUUUUGAUGAGUGCAACUGUUGACAGUGAUAAGUUUGCUAAUUACUUUGGAUAUUGUCCUGUUAUCAAUAUUCCUGGAAGAAUUUAUCCAGUGCAGGUUUUUCACUUGGAAGAUGUGAUAGAAGAGACUGGCUAUGUUUUGGAAAAGGAUUCUGAAUAUUACCAGCCAUUUUCUGAGGAGGAGGAAGAAAUUAAUUUGACCGUUACUGACAAAGGAGGAAGAACAUAUCAGCAUCAGGAACAUUUUGUUAAAGACCUCAUACCCAGCCAGUAUUUGACACCUGACCUUGAACAGUACAGUACUCGUACACGUCAUGCUAUUCAGUGCAUGCAUCCAACUAAAAUAAAUGUGGAUCUCAUCCUGGAGCUGAUUAGCUAUUUGGGAAGAAGUAGCCAGUACAGAGCAAUUGAUGGUGCGGUACUAGUAUUCUUACCAGGUCUGGCUCAUAUUCAACAUCUUUAUGAUCUUUUAACUACAGACAAAAUGUUUCAAGAUAGGAAAAGGUACAAAGUGAUUGCUUUGCACUCUAUCCUUUCAUCACAAGAUCAAGCUGCAGCCUUCACAGUCCCACCACCAGGAGUUAGGAAGAUUGUGUUGGCAACAAAUAUUGCAGAAACAGGAAUCACUAUACCUGAUGUCGUUUUUGUCAUUGAUGCUGGAAAGACUAAAGAAAACAGAUAUCGUGAAAGUAGCCAAAUGAGCUCAUUGGUAGAGACAUUUAUCAGCAAAGCCAAUGCACUUCAGAGGCAGGGUCGAGCUGGUCGUGUCCGAGAGGGAUUCUGUUUUCGUUUGUACACAAAAGCAAGGUAUGACAGUUUCAUAGAUUACUCUGUCCCGGAAAUCUUACGAGUACCCUUGGAAGAGCUUUGCCUUCAUAUUAUGAAAUGCGAUCAUGGGUCUCCAGAAGAAUUUCUUGCCAGAGCCUUAGAUCCGCCACAAAUCCAGGUCAUUAGUAACGCGAUGAACCUGCUGAGGAAAAUCGGAGCAUGUGAAAUCAACAAACCUAAAUUGACUCCGUUAGGGCAGCAUCUUGCUGCCCUUCCAGUAAAUGUGAAAAUUGGGAAAAUGUUGAUUUUUGGAGCAAUUUUUGGCUGUUUAGAACCUGUGGCAACCAUUGCUGCUGCCAUGACUGAAAAAUCUCCCUUUGUUACUCCGGUGAAUGGAAAAGAUGAAGCAAACUUUGCAAAAACAGCCAUGUCAUUGUCUAAUUCAGAUCAUCUGACUAUUUACAAUGCAUAUUUAGGAUGGAAGAAUGUACGAAGUGAUGGAUAUCGCGCCGAAAUGGCUUAUUGCAAGAAACACUUCUUGAGCAGGACUGCACUUCUAACAAUGGAGGAUGUUAAACAAGAACUCAUCAAGCUGAUGGAGGCAGUGGGUUUUGUGUCACCAAGAUCCAGAGGAAUUAAGAAUCAAAGCUGCAAUAAAGGGUCCUUGCCAGAGUACUCUAAACAGAGCUUAUCAUAUCAGGAAAUCCCCCUUCUUAAAGCUGUAUUAACAGCAGGACUAUAUGACAAUAUUGGGAAGAUUAUUUAUACUCCAUCAGUGGACAUCGCUGACAAGGUGAUUUGUUCCAUAGAAACUGCACAAGGUAAAGCACAACCACACCCUUCAUCUGUCAACAGGGAUCUUCAGACCAAUGGCUGGAUUCUAUACCAGGAGAAGGUGAAAUACAGCAAGGUGUAUGUGCGGGAGAUAACCCUGAUUUCACCUUUUCCAAUCUUACUUUUUGGUGGUGAGAUAGAAGUGAUGCACCGUGAAAGGUUACUUUCAGUUGAUGGUUGGAUAUAUUUCCAGGCUCCCGUAAGGACAGGAAUAAUUUUUAAAGAGCUGCGAGCCUUAAUUGAUUCUGUGCUGCUGAAGAAACUUGAAGAUCCUAAAAUGUCAAUUGAAAAUGAUGAAAUAAUACAAUUAAUCGUGAAACUGAUCAAGACUGAAUACAGUGAUUGAACUGAAGGACAAAGAAAGCUGUGCAUUUGCAUCCAACUGUUUGUGGUGAGACUCAAUGAAUAGCAUUGAAGGAAGCUGAAAACCCUAA